AUGGAAGAAUUAUUGAUUAAAUUAAAUGAUUUACCGGAUGAAAUUCUUAUAAUUAUUUUAAAAAAUUUAUAUAAUUUCGAAACAUUCUAUUCUUUAAUAGGUGUUAACAAACGAUUCAAUAGAAUUGCACAUAAUUCUAUAUUUACAACUCAUUUAACAUUGAUGACUUUCUUGAACGAUUCCAUCUAUUGUUUGCCUGAUUUAAUACUCGAUCGAUUUUGUUUACAAAUUUUACUAGAAAUUCAUUAUAAAAUCAAAUGGCUUAAUCUUGAAUCGAUAUCUAUGGAACGUAUUCUUCGUAUUACAAAUUAUCCUAAUUUAUAUGGACUUGGUUUAUAUGGUAUUGAUGUAGAAAAUGCUAUAUCUCUCUUUAUUAAUAUUCAACAAACAUUUAAAGAUUUUAAAAAUAAUCAAAUUAUUUCUUAUGUUAAUUAUUUUGAAAAAAGAAAAUAUGGUUACGGUCAUAUUUAUUCUUAUCCAUAUAGAAUGAAAUAUUAUGAUAAUGUCACAAAUAAUUUUCCGGGCGGAUUAUUUAAAUAUGUUGCCAGAGUAACAUUAUAUGAUGAUCAUCCAUUUGAAUAUGAAUUUUUUGUUCAAAUUUCUUAA